AUGCUCUACACACCUCAAGCGAAUACCUACGCUCCUUCCAUGAAUGCCAACUAUGUCAUCACGUAUGAUACUCUCCUCGAAAAAUUUGAAGACAUGUAUCCUAUCGUGUUGGAGAAUCGUGUGAGUCCUCAACAAUUCUCGGAAACCAUUGCCCGUGCGAGUCAAAUCAUGCGAGAGCAUAUGUCUCAUAUUCAGACUCGUCCUCUCCGUACUUUUUUAGCUGUAUUUGGAAUUAUUAUGGUUGCUACCAUGCUCUUAACUGCUGUUCCCUUGUUGAUCUACUUUCUAGCCUAUGCCGAUAAUGGACAAUAUAAUAACGGAUGGUGGGUUUGGAUCGCCUUCCCCAUGCUCUAUGUAUUUGUCAUCAUUGGAAUUACCAUGUGGUCCAUUCGGAGAAGACAAUUAAUAGUCAAGCGCCAUGCUCAGUGCAAGGCUGAUUUGCAUAAUUUCCUUCAAUCCGAAAACCAAAACAAGUACAUGAGAAUGGGAGUUCAAUUUGUGUUGAAUUAUAAUACGAGUGUGAUUAUGGGCAAUCGAUACACGACUGUAAUUACUUAUAAGCAUUUAAUCAGCAUUCCAUCCAUUGCUCUCUUUGUGAGCGGUGGAAAUGCUGGCAUGGUGAUGGUUCCAGUGGUGGGACAACCUCAACAACCCAUCAUGGCAUUUGGACAAGCCGGAUAUCAACAACAAGCCAUGCCUUAUCAACCACCAACCACUGCAACAACCACAACUCCAAUGUAUUACACACAACCUACUACACAGAGUGAUGAGAAAUUGGAUCAACCCUUGAUGCAACAACAACAUUAUAUGUAA